GCUUGCUAAUUUAUGCUAGCUAGCUGGAAGGAGCUGAGUGGGGAAGACUCGGGGGAGGGAGGGCUGUGACGCAGAAGCUCGGUAGCUUGGAAACUGAGGGGGAGUUGAGUCUAGAAAAGAGGAGGAGAUGCGCCUUCGGUCCCUCCUGCCGUUUUUGUACAGCUAGAUGGUUGCCACGGGAGACUAAUGGAUUUAUCAAAAUCCACGAAAGACUCAAGGCGACACUCCAGGGUGCUAUGUAAUGACAUCCUUAGCCUGAAGGUGGCAGGAGAUCCAGUUCUAACCCCUCACUCCGUGUGCCUGAGACUGGUAGGCCUCAGCAAACGUCAGAUGCGGAUGUGUAUGCGUAGUCCCGACGUGACGGCAUCCGCCCUGCAGGGCAUCCAGGUGGCCAUCCACGAGUGCCAGCACCAGCUGCGCGACCAGCGAUGGAACUGCUCCUCGCUGGAAAGCUUCGGGAAGCUGCCUCACCACAGCACCAUCCUCAGCAGGGGUUUUCGCGAGAGUGCCUUCUCCCUGGCCUUGUUGGCAGCGGGUGUGGCUCACUCUGUGGCCUCUGCCUGCAGUAUGGGCAAGCUGCGGGGGUGCAGCUGUGAGGCCAAACGUCGCCAGGACGAUGACAAGAUCCGGCUGAAACUCACACAGCUGCAGCUGCAGACUCUGCAGAAGGGCGGGGUAGGCAUCGGCAUGACCAAAUCAUUACCCUCAGAUCUAAAUGGGCACCAUGGGAAUCUACCGUCCGACCUACACUCCGCCCACACGUCUGCCAUGCUCAAGCCUUUAUCAGAUGACUUAAGCUCUAUGCAGGACACCUGGAUGUGGGGGGGCUGCAGUCAUGACUUGCGGUUUGGGGACCGUUUUUCAAGAGACUGGCUUGAUUCCCGUGGCUCUCCAAGGGACAUCUAUGCGCGCAUGAGGAUACAUAACAACCGCGUAGGGCGACAGAUAGUGACUGACAACAUGACAAGGAAGUGCAAAUGUCACGGCACAUCAGGGAGCUGUCAGUUCAAGACCUGCUGGUACGUUUCUCCAGAGUUCCGCGUUGUUGGAUCUCUGCUCAAGGAAAAGUUCUUGUCGGCCAUCUUCGUCAACUCCCAGAACAAAAACAAUGGCGUCUUCAACCCUCGAACAGAGAACAGUGCCCGCAGAAGCGCUGGGGGUUUCAGUGGAGGACGCCGCAGAAGCAUGUCCAGGGAGCUGGUGUAUUUUGAGAAGUCGCCCGAUUUCUGCGAGCGCGAUGCUUCGAUAGAUUCUCCAGGUACGCAGGGACGCAUCUGCAACAAAACGAGCUACAGCACAGACAGCUGCAGCUCGCUGUGCUGCGGCCGCGGGCACAACAUCCUACGGCAGACUCGCAGCGAGCGUUGCAAUUGUCGAUUUCACUGGUGCUGCUACGUUCUGUGCGAGGAGUGUCGCCUCACAGAGUGGGUGAAUGUGUGCAAGUAGAUCCAGCUUUUGUUUUGCUCUUUGUGCAACUACUCUUGAGAAUCUGUUUAUCCCCCUCAUUUUGUGUGUGUGUUUUUUUAAGUCCAUCAUCUGGGAUCUAUUUUCUCUGCAUAGCUGCUGUGAUCCCAAAAUGCCAAGUCAGAGAUUGAAGAGGUGACUCAUGUCAUUUGUCUUGCCAUGGCCUGUUUAGACCCUACCCUCUCAGCCAUGAAGAGGGCCCACACUCCAGUGUUUCUACCCCACAGAAAACUGGAGAAACAGCAGAGGGGCGCUAAAGUUUCAGUCUUUGCUUUCUUGUUCGUCUUGUUGUACAGUAGCUGUGUAUUUUAUUGCGUGAAUGUAUAUUUGUAAAUGCACGAUUUGUUAAUAUGAUUAUUGUUUCAGA